AUGGCAUCCUCUCCCUUGACCUGCCUCUCCCCCAAAAGACGAGAAGCAACCGGGGCGUCGGCGAGAGCCAUUCGGUCGCAGGCCGAGGUUUUCCAAGCAGCCCAAUCCAACUUUUCAGCGGGCAAAGGGCGUCCGGGGAUCCUCGCGCAACUUAAAAGGCUCUGCCGACGACAAAAGGACACAAGACUUGGGAAAGAACCAGAAGGAUUACUUAGGGUUAAGUUCCGACACGCAUUCCCUCUGGGUCGGCCGGGCACCCCUGGCUAUGGGCUCGGGAGCGGCUCGCGCGCGGUCAUCCGGGCCUCGUAG